GCAUCAAACAUGGCGCUGUCCUGCUCCAGCCUGUGUAGCCAUUUGUCUUUGACCCGACUGUGUGGUCUCAGGACGAACAGGAUAACAAAUGGCCUUUACUCCCCUUAUGUGUCCUGUCAGUCCAGGCUACCCCUGUGCAGACACUACUCGUCCUCCAAAGUUAGACGAGGUAUUGGUCGAUAUAUCCAGAAGCUAAAUACCAAGUAUGAAGGUUUCCUCAAAAGGCGGUUUCCUCGCUUCUAUCAGCUCUAUCACACGUUUGUGGAAGGAUUCAAGCUUCUGUUCCGAGAUGCCAAAGAGGUGCGGAGGAUAAAAGCAAAAAUGUUCUCUGAUGGCGUGCAGGUCAAGGAUUUGCCCUACAGGGAGAUGGAGAAGCUCAGACAGUUUCGCAGAGACAUGAUCAAGGCCAUUCCACUGGUGGUGAUAUCCAUCCCUCCGUUUGCCAACUACCUGGUUUUUGUCUUGAUGUACUUUUUCCCCCGGCAGGUCCUGAUCCCUCACUUCUGGACUCCAAAGCAGCGGGUGGAGUUUCAGGCGUUGUACCAUUCCCUCAGGGUGCAGCACCACCAGCCAGUCCUCAAAGGGCUCGAGAACGCACAGGUCAAAGACGGACACCUCCAGAGUCGCCUGAAGGACCUGUGUGCUAAGGUGCAAAGUGGAGAAAACCCCAAAGUGUCUGAAAUCCUUGCCGUUCGCAGCCUGUUUUCUGGACCUCCUCUGGGUAUAAAGAGGAUGAGCGUGGCUCAGAUGAGACACAUCAGUCCGCUGCUCUUCCUGACGCCGCACCUUCCGGGUUUCCUGAUUGGCCGCCGGCUGAGCAGCCACGGCCUGGAGCUGCUCCAGCUGGACCGGGCCCUCAGCAGGCUGGGCCCUCAGCAGCUGAGUGACUCUGAACUCAGACAGGCUUGUUACGUCAGGGGCCUCAGUUCUCACAGUCUCAACACUAACCAGUGUCGCGAGUGGUUAUCCCAGUGGCUUCAGGUGUCCUCCUCACUCAAAGACUCAGAAGUGUCACUGCUUUUGCACAGCAUUGUAUUUCUGUCUGCCAAUUACCCGAGCGGAGCCAGCCGACACUGACAGGAAGCCUGAGGCAAGCUGCUUUUGCGAUUAUGUUCUCUUACUUGCACUGGGCAGCACAACUUCCCGUUGGGUGGCCAACACCUCCUUUUUGCCAAAGGGGGGGGGGGGUUAAAGUGUUCCUGGUAAGAUUAUAAGAUUAAAGAAAAAAAAAGUUGUAGUCUAAAUUUGCAGCAGGUUUGCAGUUAAAACGAUCACUUUAAUUCUAGACGCCACAGAACUGCAAAUUAUCCGGUUAAUUCUUCUGAAAAAUUGAAUGAAUAAUUAAUGUUUUUAUCAGAGGGGGCGGUAUGGAAUUGGAUUUCAUGAAUGAGGACAAUGAGACAGGCGUAUUUUGACUUAAAAAUCUUCCUUUGUGGAAUUCUUAUGUAUUUCAGACCGUCACGAGGGACUUAAAUUGAUUUUGAUGCACUGAACUAUUACAAAAGGUGAUGUUGAGGUAAUCUGAUUACUUAUCGCUGUAUUUUCAGCUUGUUACCACUGUUGAGCUCAGGCUUGUCAUUUGUUUACUUCUAAGCUAAUGCAUCAUUACACGGCUACAAAGACACGCAGGGAAACAAAGAGGAUAUUGUUGAGUAAAAGUGCAGCAGCACAUUGUGUCCUGUUAAUAAUUCACUGGUGUAAUGGUACAAACGUUCGGACUCAUUCCACAUAAAAAUACACAUAAAGUCACUCGUAUGUGGGCGUCUUAAGUGUUUAUAUAUUCACAGCAAGCGCAUCCUGUAGCUUCUCAUACAUUUACCUCAAUAUGUGCUAAGCUUUUUGUUUUACAAUAACACUGGUCAAAUUGGAAUUUUGUGUCUCAAGAGAAGAAAAUAGUUUUGUCAAAUAUGGAAAAACAAAAACAAUCAGUUGGUUACACGAUGGGGUCCUUUAAAAGCAAAAUUUACAUUAAAAAAGCCCAAUUAGUUUGUAGUUUGUUUUUGCAAAGACAUUUAAGUCUGUUUGGGUGUCAAUAAGCUAAGGGGGACCAAAUAUACCAUUAUAUACUUUUUUUUAAAUCAAUAAAUGACUCAAUAAAUAAAUAAUUGAAAUAAUAAAGAAAGAAAUCUAUAAAUUCUCAAUUAUCUAAUAAAUAAUGCACUUUUAUUUUCUAAAUAAAUGAAUUAAUUCUCAGACUUAAAAAAAAGUAUUUAUUUAUUUGACAAAUUAUCUAUUUAUGUAAUUGUUUGUAUGUAUUAUGUAUUAAGCUUUUCUUGCAAUUUCUGGUUAUGACCAGGAGGUCUGCUCAGUGGCCUGUAUUGCUGCCUCAGACAAGUAAAAUCGAUCUGUGAACUCUUAUUGAUUAACCAAUGGCUGUUGAGUGACACAUGAAGACAUGCCGCCUUUAUAACCAUAUACAGAAAUGAAGAAAUAAAUAAAGCAGAAAAUAAUUAAAUACGGAAAUAAAUGAAUACAGAUAUUAAUAAA